AUGGCGGACCAGGACCUCUCCCUCCUAGCCCCGGCCCCUCCAACGAGACCUUCGGCCAACUUCUAUCCCUUCGCGACCUCCCCAGACAUUAUCCGUUCACAUGAGAAAGAUGCCUUCCUCACAGCAAAUUUGGCCAACCAGGCCCAAUCCAUCAUUCGAACUCUUCGAGGCGCCAGAUAUGCGCAUAAUUAUUCAGAUGCCAUCAAACACCUUACGGAGCUCCUGUACUUCUCUCUCACGACAUUGACGGGAAACCGGACACUAGGAGAGGAAUAUUGUGACCUUGUUCAAUUGGAAGAUGAUACACUACGAUUACCGUCGAUCUCAAGACGUGUUGGAUACGUUUUGAGCAGCAUCAUGGUGCCCUGGACGCUUCAGCGGAUUCUCCCCGGUUUCCGGCAACGUCUUCGCGCCAAACUGGAGCGCAGCAUCGCCCGGCAACAAGUGAAGGCGCAACAGCAACAAACGAAAGAGCCAAGUCUUUCUCCAAAGAACAAAUCAAAGCAGCCCUCGUUUUUCACGAGGCUACGAAUUCAGAAAUACAUUUUAGAGCACCUAGACUCGAUCACGUCCCUGUCGCCAAUAUAUGCGCUUAGCAUAGCGACCUUCUAUUUCACCGGCUCAUAUUACCAUUUAUCAAAGCGCUUUUGGGGUCUGCGCUACGUUUUCACGAAGAAGUUGGAAGAGAACGAACAGCGUGUCGGUUAUGAAGUCUUAGGUGUCUUACUCGUCCUGCAAAUAGCAGUCCAGAGCAUCCUCCACGUCAAGAAAGUCAGCGAUAGCCUACAGCAGGAGGAUCAAGACGUGAACUCAGAAGCUGCUGGAUCCAACGGCAAACAAGAUACCUUGACCCGCUCGAUCGAGCACCCGCCGACCCUCCCUGUCCUACCCGCAUCUGCUGCUAGAUAUGAUCUCUCUGAAGAUCCCAAUGCUAUCCCUUGGAUCCCGGAAGGACAACAACGAAAAUGUACACUCUGCCUCGAAUCAUUCAAGGAUCCGAGCGUCACUACCUGCGGACACGUAUUUUGCUGGACAUGCGUGUGCGAUUGGGUUCGUGAGAAGCCCGAAUGUCCGCUCUGCCGACAGGAGGUCCUUGCGUCGAAAGUGCUCCCUCUAAGAGGGUGA